AUGCCACCAGCCCUCCAACUAUUCGAACCAUGUAAAAUAUGUCACCAACCAGCAAAUGGACGGCAUUUCGGAGUGAUGAGCUGUCGCGCCUGUGCCGCUUUUUUUAGAAGAGCAGCAUCUGGCAAUUCAAAGUAUUUAAGUGUCAUAUGCACAAAUGCGAAUUGUAUAAUUUUUAGAAAUGGGAAAUACAAAUGUAAAUCAUGUCGUCUGAAAAAGUGCCACGAUGUUGGGAUGGACCCAAGAAAAUUCCAACAAGACCGUGAUCUACUUUCUUCCACUAUUCUGGCUCUUUCUAAUUCUACUUCACCCCAAAGCCUCUCCAACUUCUUAGGUCGUCCUGAAUUCAUUUUGUGCUGCGAACCGGACCGCGCAUCUCACGUCAAAACGAUAAUCGAUGUAUCUUUUCUCAUCGAUAAGGCUCGAAACCUUCUAGGAGCUCAUCAUUCAAACUAUGAUAUUCCUUUGAAAUUCGACAAUAGUCUAGAGAAAUUAACAUUUGCAAUAGAGGACUUGAAGUUGAAACGAGGCAAUCCAGAGUUUCAAAUGGUCAAGUAUAUCGGGAAAGAUGAGAAUUUGCUGUUCUGGGAACUCAACUUCCUUGGAGCUGCACAGUGGUUUUCAGAACUUGCCGAGUUUAGAGGAUUAGAUAUGGAAGUUAAGAUAGAAAUUCUCCAAAUCGCCUGGAUGUUAUGGGCACGGAUAGACAAACUAGCCGACUCUGUUGAGCUUCAUAGACGGAAAAUUCUAGAAGAAAAUUCAUAUAAAUGGACAGACGACGCAUGUAUGGAUUUGAAAAAUGUGGAGGUUGAUUUGAAAUGGUGUACGAAUUAUAGCAAGGAGCAAUUAGCGGCAAUUAUGAUCCCCGACAUCAACAAACACUGGGUGAAAUGUCUAGAAAUUUUCAUAGAGCUGGAGCCUUCAAACAUCGAAAUCAAUUUUCUAAUUAUCGAUUUAUCACUAACCGAAGCUGCGAAGAAACUGGAUGGAAAAUGUCUGGCAGCAAUAGAAAAAAUUAUGGAGAUUCAAGCAAAUAAUUUACACCACUAUUAUACUAAAAAACUAAAAAUGCCUCAUUAUUCUGGAAGAUUGGCAAAACUGAUGAAAAUCAAUAAGGAGAUUAAAGAAGAAAUUCGAGAACGAAAAGAGAUUAAAUAUCUUGCAACUGUGUUUAACUUAUUUUCUGUUGAAUGUUCUCAUCCGGAAAUUUUCACCUAUCUAAAAGUCAUACCUUUUGAGCCUAUGAAAAAUCAGGUAAGCAUUUUUUUUCCAAUCAUGAUCUUCUAUUCCCCAAACACGCCACAUUCAGGUUGUUUGACAAGGAAGUGCUGA